CCUGAACUAGAACACACUCUUUGUAUCCCGACUAAAACCAUCAAUACCCUCAUCAUCAUCAUCGCAAUGUCAGCAAAAGUGUCUGAGUCAUCAUCCGUAACAAAAAGGCUAAGGCCAAUGGCAUCUUUACGUGAAGUGGAAAAAGAGAAAUCCAAAGCGGAAAAAGCAUCAAAAGAAGGUAGAAUAAAACGUACUCGUCAUGCAUGCGUUUAUUGUCAACAUUUGAAGAUGCGAUGUAGUGGUCCAACGGAAGAAGGACCAUGCGAACGUUGUAGAAGAUCAGGUCAUGAAUGUUUAGUGGAAGAAAGAAGUCCGCAUAGACCUUGGACUAAACGCAAAGACGCUCAAAUACAACAACUUACCGAACGACUUGAAGAAAUGGAAAAUUUGCUGCGACUUAAUUCUCAAACCAACGCAUCUUAUAAUUCCACUAUACCCAUCAAUGAAUCAAUACCGCCAUCUUUCGAUUUGCAAUCAUCUUCGUACCACAAUGCACAGCCAAUCUUGGAUGAAUCGCAGAACGGAAACGGAUCAAUAAUGCACGAGAACAACAAUGGUGUGCCAGCAUACCCUGGAGAAGAUAGCACAAGCUUAACCUUUCCAAUGGCACAUCCUGAUACGCUAGAUGUUCCAUCAAGUAUACACAACACAACAGGCUUGGAUCACGUCUUUGGACAAUUUGAUGCAUCUUCAGUUUCGCCUUCUUCUGCUUCCGUGACUCGGGACGUGAAGUUCAUUCAAGAUAACAUUCAACAGUUUCCCUUUGUGUCAACUUAUAAAUUGACGCCAGAAGAGGCUGUUGAUCUAUUUCACAUCUUCAUGUACUCUUGCGCCAUGCACACAGUCAUUCUAGAUCCUGAUUGGCAUACGGUCGAAAGUGUGGGAAAUUCUUCGGCAUUUUUAUUCGGAGUUGUGGUAUAUAUUGGGUCAACCUUUCAUCGUACAAGAAGGACGAUGCGAAAAGAAUUAGAAGAAGAAAUGGAUUCUCUUAUCGGACGCACCAUCACAUCCGGACAUAAAUCCGUUGAAGUCGUUCAGGGUUUCCUUUUAUUAUACCAAUGGAACCUACCCGCAGAUGAUCCCGCCAACGAUCGAGCAUGGCUUCUGGCAGGAAUAGGAAUUCGUCUUGCAGCGGAAUUACAAUUGUACAAACCGAAGAAGGGCUUAAUUUCAUCACUCAAGGCCAGCACUGACGAGGUAAACUUCGAACGAAUCAAUCGUGAACGUUGCUGGCUCAUGACAUUUUGCGUGGAUAGAAGCUUAUCAAUGGCCGCUGGACGACCUUGGUCAAUGAGCGAAAAUGUCAGACUUGUUCGUGAUUCGGACGAAUGGUAUAGUGGCGCACAGACAAGAAGCUGGGAUUUGGGAAUAUCUGCGCUUGUUUCAUUGAUGAAGUUGGUAUCGAGGCAAACUGAUAUUUUGAAUACAUCAUUUUUCAAAUCGGACAAGAUUGAUGAUCAUCACAAUGAUUCCAACGGCCGGGAUGAAGAUUUUGACUGCGAUUCGAUGAUGCGAAUCAUGAACGGUGAAUUGGAACAUUGGAGAAGACAAUGGUAUACCCGAGGCUUUUUUACUUCGCCCGUAGAGCGAAGAGAUUCUACUGUCGUUGAAUUGCCUGAUAAUGCUUCACCCGCUACGACAUCCUCUGUUGAUACCAGUACGUUGGACAUACAUACAAAAACACUCCAUUACGUUACCAAACAGGCUUCACUUCGAUACAACUUUGCCGUUCUGGUCCUCAAUUCGUUCGGACUACAGUAUUGUGCCGGAAAGCCAUCUAUGAUUCAUACAAGAACAUCUUGUACCGCAAGAGCAAUUCAAGCUGGACAAAGUCUUGCAAAAGCGGCAAAAGAAGGAAUGGGAAAAUCAAUGAUUUAUUCACCACAUACGCAAUAUUCAAUUUUUGGUUUUGGUAUUAUUUCUUUGAUCAAAUUAGCACCUUUGGUUGUGGAUAAAGUGGUUUGUGAACGUAUUUUGAAUAUUGUUCAAACUUGUAUCACUUUUUUGGAAUCCGUUGCACUUACUUCUGAUCAUACACCCGCUCGUUUGGCUUCUCUUAGCAGGACAAUGUUGCGGAAGUACGAAGAAAGAACGUUGAUGGCAAAUGCUGGUAAGAGAAAACAUGAUGGCUCUAACGAGAAUGGCAAGGGUGGUAAUAAAAAGGCGAAAGGAUCUGCAGGACAGAAAGAGCCUACGCAAGACCAAAAUGACAGUCAAGAUCGACAAGAUGAUGAAAACGAAGGAACGCAAUUUGCACCUAAUUUGGAUUCAUUCAAACUUCCACAAAGAUCAUCAAGAAUGGUUACGCCAGAAAGAGGUCAUAUGUUUGCAAACGAUGGAAAUCCAAACGCUGCACAAAUUUUAUCUUCUAUAGGAUCAAAUUCUCAUAUCAACAGUAUCGGUUCAAAUGGUCACUCCCAACCUUUUUCUGAUCCAGACAUGAUUCCUUCCAAUUAUUUGGCCAAUGCAGAGACUGAUUCAAUUUUUCAAGGUAUCGGUUUAUUCGAAACGAACGAUUAUUCUAGCUUUCCUCAAAUGACUGUUGAACAAAUUUUGGAUUCGGAUUUCUGGUUACCCAUCUCUGAAAGUUGAACAAGUGUACACUAUCUCACGCUCAAAAAUCCUAGGUGAUAUUGCUUUGAAAAAGGUGUUCAUU